UAGAAGAUAUGGGAUUCAGUGAUAGCUUUGGUUGUUGAAGCUCAUAGGUUCUGCUUGUUUCUUCUCAUUAGUUGUUAACAAUCAGGUUAACUUGUAUAACGUGCCGGCUUCCUAUUGAAAUUGAUAAAGAGAGUUCUUUACGAUUUAAAAUGGGGUCUAAACACUCCUAUUUCGUAUUUUUUCUAGUUGCGUUAUUUUUGUUUGUGGAUCUAAGCAAAGGAGAAGAUGUACUUAUGGAGGAGUCUACCGUGGAUGCUGAUCUAGGCACAAGCAGAGAAGGUUCAAGGACAGAUGAUGAAGUAGUGAAAAGAGAAGAGGAAAGUAUCAAACUAGAUGGCCUGAAUGUAGCUCAAAUAAAAGAAAUGAGAGAAAAGGCAGAAAAAUUUGCCUUUCAGGCUGAAGUCAAUCGAAUGAUGAAGCUGAUUAUUAACUCUCUUUAUAGAAAUAAGGAGAUUUUCUUGAGGGAACUCAUCUCAAACGCUUCAGAUGCUUUGGACAAGAUCCGUGUAUUAUCCCUAACCAACUCUAAUCAACUUGAAGCUACUUCAGAGUUUUCUAUUAAAAUAAAAGCGGAUAAAGAAGGGAAGAUGCUGCAUAUCACUGACACGGGUAUUGGAAUGACUCACAAGGACUUAGUAAACAAUCUAGGGACCAUCGCCAAGUCGGGAACAGCCGAGUUCCUCAACAGGAUGCAAGAGACGGGCUCUGCUGGUUCUGAUAUGAAUGACAUGAUUGGUCAGUUCGGAGUUGGGUUCUAUUCUGCAUUUUUGGUUGCUGAUCGUGUAAUUGUAACCACCAAACACAACGAUGACAAGCAGUACGUGUGGGAGUCUGAUGCCAGCAGCUUCCAGAUCGCAGAUGAUCCUCGUGGUGACACCCUCCUGCGAGGAACACAGAUAAGUUUGCAGUUAAAGGAUGAAGCAGCAGAUUACCUUGAGAUUGAUACUCUCCGCAAUCUUAUCAAGAAAUACUCCCAGUUUAUUACAUUCCCAAUUUACUUAUGGUCUAGCAAGACAGUUACAGAAGAGGAGCCUCUGGAUGAGUCUGAAGAGGAGAAGCCAGUAGAAGACGAUAAACCCAAGGAUGAAGAAGCAGAUGUGGAAGAAGCUGAAGAUAAGAAGGAUGAAGACAAACCUAAGACAAAGACAGUAGAAAAAACAGUGUGGGACUGGGAGAUAAUCAAUGAAAACAAACCAAUUUGGACUAAGAAACCUUCUGAAGUUCCUGACAGCGAGUACAACGAAUUCUACAAGUCUCUGACUAAGGACAGAGAAGAUCCAUUGGCCAAGAUCCAUUUUGUGGCAGAGGGUGAGGUGACAUUCAAGUCCUUGUUGUUUGUGCCUCGCAACCAACCCAGUGACAGUUUCAACCGAUAUGGCACUGACACUGACAAUAUUAAGCUGUACGUGCGACGGGUGUUUAUUACUGAUGAGUUUAACGACUUACUUCCCAAAUACUUGAGCUUUAUCCAGGGAGUGGUGGAUUCGGACGAUCUGCCACUCAAUGUGAGCAGGGAAACACUUCAGCAGCACAAAUUACUCAAGGUCAUCCGCAAAAAGCUGAUCCGCAAGGCUCUGGACAUGAUCAAGAAACUUGAGGGCGAUGACAUGGAGAAGUUCUGGAAGGAGUACUCCACUAACAUUAAGCUGGGAGUUAUUGAGGAUACAGCCAACCGAGUAAGACUGGCCAAGUUGCUGAGGUUCCAGUCAUCGCAGGUAGAGGGCACCACCAGCUUUGCUGAAUAUGUCCAGAGGAUGAAGCCUAAGCAGGAUCAUAUAUACUACAUUGCUGGAGCAUCCAGGAAGGAGGUAGAGAAGAGCCCAUUUGUAGAGAGGCUGAACAAGAAGGGCUAUGAGGUGUUAUACCUGGUUGAGGCUGUAGACGAGUACUGUCUAUCAUCUCUGCCAGAGUUUGAGGGCAAGAAGUUCCAGAAUGUGGCUAAAGAGGGUUUCACACUGGAGGAGGAUAAGAAGAAGCUGGAAGCACUCCAGGCAAAAUAUGAGGAUCUGACCAAGUGGCUGGGAGAAGUUGCAUUGAAGGACAAGAUCUCAAAGGCCCAAGUGUCAGAGAGACUGACAGAGUCGCCCUGUGCUUUGGUGGCAAGCAUGUUCGGCUGGACAGGUAACAUGGAGCGUCUGGCUGUAUCUAAUGCCCACCAGAAGGCUGAUGAUCCACAGAGAUCUUACUACCUCAACCAGCGCAAGACCCUGGAGAUCAACCCCAGACACCCUCUCAUCAAGGAGCUACAGAGGAGAGUUGCCGACAACCAUGAAGAUACUGCUGCCAAGAAUAUUGCACUGAUGAUGUUCAGGACAGCCACACUUAGAUCAGGCUACAUGCUGCAAGACUCUGCAGAGUUUGCACAAACGGUGGAGGAGCUAAUGAGGGAGAGUCUAGGAGUACCUAAGGACUUAGGGGUUGAUGAGGAAGAAGACGAUUUUGAUGAGGAUGAGAAACCGGAAGAAGUGGGAGCUGAUGAAGAUGCAGAACAUGAUGAGCUGUAACAUAGACUAUUUUAAAAAGACUGGACAAUUCAAUUCGUUAUUUAUUACAGAAGUGUAAAUGUUGUACAUUGUGUUUUGUGAGAAUGUGAGUGUGUGUGUGGCACGUCGCCACAAUAGUAUUUUAUACGCAAUUAUUACAUACUGAGUAUGUCCAAUUGAUCAUUUGAUGAACAAUCAGUUUAUUUUUUUCUGAGUUUCCCAAUGUUUAUCACAAUGAUUACUGUGUUUAUUUAAGAUGUAUUGGUUUUUGUGUGAUUUUGUUAUAAAUAUGUAUAUUUAUAUAAA